UCUUCCACAUCCUUCGCCUCCAUGGAUGCGCAGAAACCCUAUCUUGCUGCAGUCCUCAUACAGCUGACGUACACUGGCUUCUACGUGAUGUCAAAGGCCGCCUUCGACGAGGGUGUGAGCACGUUCGUCUUCAUCUUCUAUCGACAAGCAGCUGCUUGUCUGUUAUUAGUACCACUCGCUGUUAUCUUCGAGAGGAAAAGGUCUCCGCCAUUGAAGCUCGUGACGGCUGUGAAGAUGUUCUUGCACGCGCUGAUCGGGAUUACUUGCAGCUUAAACAUGUACAACGUUGGCUUGAAAUAUACUACAGCAUCAGUGACAUCGGCAGCUACGAACUCAGUGCCAGUGUUUACCUUCUUUCUGGCCUUACUCCUCCGGAUGGAGAGCAUCAAAGUAAAGAGCCUCUCAGGAGUAGGUAAAGCAGUGGGAGUAACACUUUGUUUGGCUGGUGUUGCAGCGAUUGCCUUCUAUAGAGGCCCUCGCAUCCACCCUUUGAACCUCCAUGGCCACUUCGCCCACAGCGCGGGCCGAAGAGACCAUGCGCCGGCCAACACACCGAAGGCCACCUGGAUCGAAGGAACCUUCUUCGUCAUCGGUGCCAACCUCACCUGGUCCUCGUGGCUGGUCUACCAGGGGAUUUUGCUGAAGGAAUACCCCUCCAAGCUUCUGUUAACCACGCUUCAGUGCCUCCUCAGCACGGUUCAGUCGCUUUUUGUGGCCAUGGCGUUCGAGCGAGAGAGCUCCAAGUGGAAGCUGCACUGGGACAUGGGCCUACUUGCCAUUCUCUACUCUGGGUUCAUCGUUACGGGAGUUUCUUUCUACUUGCAGAGCUGGUGCGUUGAGAAGAAGGGCCCUGUUUUUGUGGCAAUAUUCACACCACUGUCUCUUGUUUUCACCAUGAUAUGCUCGACUAUUUUCUUAGGGGAGAUGAUUACUCUAGGAAGUAUUUUAGGUGGACUUCUAAUGGUGGGAGGCCUGUAUAGUUUUCUAUGGGGAAAGAGCAAGGAGACCAUGCCCUGCGAGGUUUCAAUUGAAGAUGGAAACACCUGCAUGCAAGAGAAGGAUAUCCAGGAGACCAUGCCCUGUGAGGUUUCAAUUGGAGAUGAAAAGACCUGCAUGCAAGAGAGGGAUGCACAACCACUUUAA